UAACGCUGUCGUCAUCAUCAGCUGUCAGUUCACUGCUGGCAUGGCUUCCUGUUUGGUCUCUCCUGCUCACCUCCACCACUAUAGUCCUGCUGCUCUCUAAACAUGAGACAGUUCGUUCACCGUGUUUGUUCACCGGUUUUAGAAAGUAGCACCGUGUGCGGAGGCAACAACACACAGCCUAGAGCCGGACACAGAGAGAGAGAGGAGACAACAACAACAACAACAAAGCAGUGCUGCUGCUGCUAGCAUGCUGCUCUCACAGCUACCAGAAGAUGUCCUCUAUCACAUCCUGUCUUAUGUGGACUACAAGUCUCUCAGUCGCCUCUCUCAAGUCUGUAAAACCAUCUACCACUUUGUGAACCGGGAUGCUGUGUGGAGGAAGAUUGCCAAAGAGUUUCUAAACACUGGAAUCACUCGGAAUGGGACUGACAUAUAUCCCUCCAUCCCACUGAAGGGGAGAGUGAAGGUCGCUCAAAACUGGUAUGAUGGGGUCUGCAAAAAGGCAGUUCCUCUCAAAUGGAAAACAAAACUGUUGCCAUGGUUGCAGCUGGAUGGGGACGUACUGUUUCUGUCUCAGGCUGCUGAUAUCGGAGCGUACCGUCUGCGCCAAGACUCCAGGAGGCUCCAGCGUAACCCAUAUGAAAUCUAUUCGGGCCACAAGGGUGACGUCUGUCGCUUUGUUCUGACGGACUCUCACCUGGUCAGUGGUGGAAGUGAUGGCAAGAUCCUGGUUCACAGCAGGAGGAGUGACAUGUCGCUGGAGUUAUCAGGUCAUAACCAGGAAGUCAACUGCCUGGACUCUAAAGAUGGACUCAUCAUCAGUGGAUCCAGAGACCGAACAGCCAGGAUUUGGACGUUGACUUCCAGCGGCCCCAGAGACACCAUUCCCCUGUAUGACAGAGUGUGGUCUGUUGCCAUUAGUCCCACUUUGAGAUCCUUUGUAACGGGCACCGCAUGCUGCGAGAACUUCUCCCCUCUUCGCGUCUGGGAUGUCGAACGGUCGGAGUGUGUUUACAGUCUGGGCUUAGAGUUUCGUCGCGGGGCUGGUGUGUUGGACAUGGUGUUUGAGUCUCCGUUCCAGCUCUUCACCUGCGGCUAUGACACCUUCAUUCGACUGUGGGACCUCCGACUCAACCCACGGAAGUGUGUGAUGGAGUGGGAGGAGCCUCAUGACAGCGCUCUGUACUGCAUCCAGACAGACGGAAAUCACAUGAUAGCCAGCGGCUCCUCGUACUACGGUGUCGUACGACUCUGGGACAAACGGCAGAAUGAAUGCCUGCAGUACUUCCAGCUGAGUUCACGCCCAGUGAGCAGCCCGGUGUACUGCCUGAGGUUCAACAGCUCUCACCUGUAUGCAGCCCUGGCCACCUCCCUGCACUCACUGGACUUUAGACAGACACCCAUCUGCAUCAGAUGAUACACAUACACACAUACACACACACACACACACACACACACGUUCAAGUGAAUCUUUUCAAUAAAGCUGUCUAUUUUCACAGUAAA